GCUAAAUAUGCCGAUUUUUAUAUUCACUCUUUAAGGGACUUUUAUUUUGACAUUUUUUCUUGCCGCCGCGUUGGUGCCAUUUUAGAGUGUGUGCGCGCCUCUUGCCAGUUUGCAUUGAACUCGCUGGGGAGAGGUGAAAGCUAUGAGAUGCCCUCAUGUGAUUUUUGUCAUCUUUGUGAUGUUGAACUUCAGGUAUUCCACUUUUAUUGCAUUUUACAUUCUUGUAUUGUGUUAAUAUGUUAUGCUUUAAUAUUAUUUGUAUGUUCAUUAACUUUAAUUGUAACAAAAUGAGUUUGCAUUGAACUCGCUGGGGAGAGGUGAAAGCUAUGAGAUGCCCUCAUGUGAUUUUUGUCAUCUUUGUGAUGUUGAACUUCAGAUGCUGCGAAAUCCAUGCUGAACGUGAUUGAAUAAACUCCCAUAUUGGUGAACUACAAUACGUGUCCUGGUCCUAUAAUACACAACGCAGAGAGACUGAGAAGCGUAACAGCGGUCAGCGAGUGGACCGGUUACACUCAGACAUACACACUAAUGAGGAAUUUACUGAGUCCUGAGAAACCGGGAUCAAAAAGUUAUGAGGAUCUGGUGAGUUUGCUGAAAAAUCACUUUAAUCCGAAGCCCAGUGAGAUAGUUCAAAGGUGGAAGUUUAAUUCACGUAACAGACACUUGGAUGAAAGCAUAGUAGAAUAUGUGGCUGAACUGAGGAAGCUGGCACAAGAUUGCAAUUUUGGAGACACGCUUAAAGUUAUGCUGAGAGACAGAUUAGUGUGUGGUGUUAAUGAUGACAGCAUACAACGGAGAUUACUGGCUGAGGAUGGAUUGACGUUUGAGACGGCUUUAAGGAAAGCUCAAGCUAUUGAAGCUGCUAAUAAGGACAUGGCUGAUUUGCAUAAAGAUAAAGGAAAUCGAACGGGUACUAAUGUUUUUAAAAUGGACACAGGAGAAAAAAGUAAAUCGAGUGUUACAGGAAUGUGCUAUCGAUGUGGUGGAAGUAAUCAUGGACCAAAAGACUGUAGAUUUGCCAACGAAAAGUGUUAUAAUUGUGGUAAAAUUGGACAUGUGAAAAGAGUAUGUAGAAUGAAGCCACAAGAAACUGGUGUGGAUAAAGACAGGAAAUUUUGGAAAUGGGGAAGAGGAAAUCAAUCAAAGAGGGCAAAUUAUCUUCAAGAAGAGGAGGAAGAUCAGUCUGGAGAAGUGUUCACCAUGUAUAGUUUAGAGACACCACAGUCCCAUGUACCCCCUAUUACACAGACAUUGUUUGUGAAUGAAUGCCCUGUGAAGUUUGAGAUUGACACUGGAUGUAGUGUAACUGUCUUAUCACAGAUGGAGUAUGAAAAAAUGGAAGCUAAAAAGAACGUGCCUAAACUCAAAACAAGCUCUCUCAGUCCAAAAACAUACACAGGACAGCCAGUGCACGUUCUAGGUACCACCAAGCUUAAAGUCAAAAACAAAGGGCUUAUCAAAGAACUCACCGCGGUGGUGGUGGCAGGAGCAGGGCCUAAUUUACUAGGACGAUCAUGGCUUGUAGACCUGGAACUCAACUGGGAAAGUGUGAGUAAAAUCAAAGACAGCUCAGAGUUGUUGCAGGACAUCUUAAGGAAACAUGAAACGGUUUUCAAGGAGGAACUUGGAACAUUAAAAGGAGCCACGGCUAAGAUUUAUCUUUAUCUUUUUAUCUUUAAGAUUUACCAAGUGAUGUAA